AGAGGCAUGGCUCCGCUGCGUGUUUGCGUGCUGGCCCUGGCGGCUGUGCUGCUGCUGGGUAUCUCCACAAUGUCCAGAUCGAAGGGCCUGGGGGGCCAGAAGCAUCAGAGGGCGUCGCAAAUCCCUUCUGAGUUCAGCCAAGGCGAGCGCGUUGCGAUGAAGGAAGCGCUGAAAGGUGCCAUCCACAUUCCAACAGUGUCUUUCGGCCCCAAGGAGAUAAACACAACAGCCCUGGCCGAGUUUGGAGAAUACAUUCGUUCAGUCUUUCCUACAGUUUUCAAAACCAGCUUUGUCCAGCAUGAAGUCAUAGGAGAGUACAGUCACCUGUUCACCGUCCAAGGCUCAGAUCCCAGCCUGCAGCCCUACAUGCUUCUGGCUCACAGUGAUGUGGUGCCUGCCCCUGACGAAGGAUGGGAGGUGCCCCCCUUCUCUGGGUUGGAGCGUGAUGGCUUUAUCCAUGGCCGAGGCACACUGGACAACAAGAACUCUGUAAUGGCAAUCCUGCAAGCCCUGGAGCUCCUGCUGCUCAGAAACUACAUCCCCCGAAGAUCUUUCUUCAUUGCUCUGGGCCACGAUGAGGAGAUCUCAGGCCAUGAUGGGGCUCAGAAGAUGUCAGCCCUGCUACAGGCAAGGGGUGUCCGGCUGGCCUUCAUUGUGGACGAGGGUAACUUCAUCUUGGAUGGUUUCAUUCCCAACCUCAAGAAGCCCUUUGCCAUCAUUGCAGUCACAGAGAAGGGUGCAAUUAAUCUCAUGCUGCAAGUAAACAUGACUCCAGGCCACUCUUCAGCUCCUCCAAAGGAGACGAGCAUUGGUAUCCUCGCAGCCGCCGUCAGCCGACUGGAGCAGACACCAAUGCCGAACAUGUUUGGAAGCGGACUACUGAAAAUGACAUUGCAGGAACUGGCACAUGAGUUUCCCUUCCCUACCAAUAUAAUCUUGAGCAACCUGUGGCUAUUUGGGCCCCUUGUAAGCAGGUUAAUAGAGAGGAAUUACAUAACCAAUGCACUGGUCAGGACCACCACGGCGCUCACCAUGUUCAAUGCAGGAGUCAAGGUGAAUGUCAUCCCCCCGGUGGCCCAGGCCAUAAUCAACUUCCGGGUUGACCCUGCACAGACAGUCCAGGAGGUCCUAGAACUCGUCAAGAACAUUGUGGCUGACAACAGGGUCCAGUUCCAUGUGUUGAGUGCCAUUGACCCCCUACCUGUCAGCCCCUCUGACCAUCAGGCCUUGGGCUACCAGCUGCUCCGCCAGACCAUACGGUCUGUCUUCCCGGAAGUCAACAUUGUUGCCCCAGGUGUUUGUAUCGGCAACACAGACAGCAGACACUAUACAAACCUCACCACCAGCAUCUACCGGUUCAACCCCCUCUACCUGAAUCCUCAGAGCUUCCAGAGCAUCCACGGCAUCAAUGAGAAAAUCUCAGUCCGCGCCUACGAGACCCAGGUGAAAUUCAUCUUUGAGUUUAUCCAGAAUGCUGACACAGACCAGGAGCCAGUUCCUCACCUGCACGAACUGUGAGGUCAAGGAGCCAGCUGGAUUGGGGGUGCCCGACCUCAGCCGAGGCUAACUCAAGGGCAAAGCUAAUGCUGAUGAAACUUUGGGUCAAAACCACACUAUGAUACAUCACCCUCCUGCCUUGAUCACUCCGGAUUCACCAAAGAACAGGCCAAGGAGUAGGGAUGGGCCAGCAGAAAUCUGGCUUCUCCCUUCCUCUGAACAUCUGCAUCCCUAGGCUGACCAGUGCUUACUGCCUUCUUGUCCCCGUCUUAGAGGUUACCCGGCUUGUUUGUCUUGCGCUGGUUAUUUAACCACCCCUUAUUAAGGCCAGACUUAACAAAUGCAGAUUUGGGAAAAUCUCAA